AUAUUGAUCAUAAUAUAAUUACUAAUCAUUUAUAGACGUUCAGUUAUUCGUGGCUUAUAUCAAUAAGCAAGGUAUUAUCAUAUAAUUUAUUAAUUAUUUUAUUAUGAACAAUAUGAGCAAAUGGCUGCGAGUUUUAUAUAUGUAAAUGCAAUUUCGUCGUACUUGCGGCAUUUAUGUAGUAUCUAAUUAUUUCUGGUCGUCUUUCUCAUUGUCAGUGUAGGUCCAAGUAAUUCAGAGCUUCACCUACCAUCGGUUGAUAUGUCCAGUCUCGGCGGUGAUCCCGAGAAAAUCUUACCCCCAAAACGACUGAUUCGGGUUCAAAUGAUAAGGUAGAUGUUGAAGUAGAUCAAAAAUAUCAAACAUUAUCUUACUGCCCAUAUAUGAUAAAAAAGAUGUUAACCUUACCUACAGUUGUUAACCAAGUAUACUCGGACCAAGGCGCACUUUCAAAAAUGUCAUAAUACACAUAACAGAUUUAUUUAAAUUGUGUAAAUUCUAACUCAAAUCGCUGACCUAGCAAAAUUACAAAGUUGUCAGUCGUGACAGAGUGUUCAUUUACUAUAACGUGAGAUUGCAGUUAUCGUUGGCAGGCUUUGAUUGCCAUGAUCCACGUGUGUACACUAUUGAAGAGAGUGCGUUGUAAGCGUUCAAUCAAAGAGCUGGACUCGCAUACCUUAUGGAAUUUACUGUUACGCAAAUUUAGACGGCUCGAACUGGUCUCUCGAGCAGAUUAUUUCACCGAACCGUACGUGAUAUUUCUGCAAUGCGAGGCGUCAACGUGUUACACGUCCUUGCAUUUCUCUUGCAUCAUUAACAACAUGUUCUCACGAUUUUCCACAAUUUUUUCGUAAUUCUUCACCCAUGAGAAAUUGACGUAUUAACACUGACAAACAGUGUCACGUGUUUGUGACUUUGAUGCUUAACUUUUUAUUUCAUUAUCGUUCACUUGGUUAAUUGAAUUUAAGAAUUAGCACAAUGAAACUCUCAAACAUAAUCCUAUUAACUCUGGAAUAAUAGAAUCGAAUAAUAUCCCUUACCCUUUAGAUAUAAAACAGAACACACAAUAUUGCGAUUGUUAUACGUAGACUGUCAAAAAUGUUCUUACAAUAAAAACGUGAUAUAAAGGUGAUAUAAACCGCAAUCAAAGGAGCUCAACAAGGAGGCUUCCCCUUGCCUUUGAUUUAAAGCUUCCCGCAGAUUGGCUCAUGCCAUUUUUCGCCCCUUUUUACGACCCGUCCCGCAAUUUGCGUGUCAUAAACCAGCCAUCUCCAGAAAUUCUCAAACGAUUUUCCCCAAUCCAUCGAAUCUACCUUCAUUUCGAGGAAAGAAUUCAUGGUCUCAUCGUUUCUUUCGCGAUCAAUUUCCAAACGUUGCAAGAUUAAGAAGAGUAGAAUAAUCAUAGAAUAGAAAAAGUCCUCGUUGUAAGGUUGAACUGAUCGAAAUCUUUCGUGGAGGAAUCGUCGACGAAGGAGAAGGAAAAUCGACUAACGAGCGAAGGCAACGCGGUGACCUCAUAAAAAGGUGCAUUCGUAUUGCUAAUUGCUUGUUCGAUGGUUUGCACCGCCUUCCGAGUAACAAACCAGCAAUUUACUCGCCGCGUCACGCGCAUCGAACGUCCAUGAGCUGAAUUCGUCUGCAACGGAAGCCCGACGAACGUCCACUUCCGCCGGUGACGCGAACACUUGGUGAAUUUCGUGAACCAGAUUUAUCGCUACCCAACAGAAUGAACAGCACAAAAGAGAUGUAACUGUUUCCACUUGCGUGAUGCUUGACGUAGAUGCAAAAAUAGCUAGAGUUUUGGUGACUCAUUUUGCAACAUGAAAUCACUUGGGGACACAUAGGUCCUGGACGUGACAACUCGUGGUUCCGGAACACACAGGUGAAUGUUUCUAUAAAUUACAUCAAGAUUCCGGCGUAUCAAGGACUACCAGAAUGAGUGCCUGGUUCAAGGUCGGUCGUGAUCUUUCUUCGUGGUCUGGUCGCAUAAUCUUCUCUUUUUAAAUUAAAUAAAAAGAAUCAUUCUAUCGAUAUUUUAAAUAUCAUGGUAAUUUGGAUGAUCAGGGAUUUCAAAAAUUCAUUUUUCUACCGAUAUACUUCCGUUUUGCUAAUCUUAAAAUGUAGGUAUACUGAAAAAACUUGUAGCGCUGUUAGUAGUUAAUGGAGUACGACGAAGUUCGAUCGUGCAUUUACAUUUCCACGGAUAAUCAGGUCGUUCAAAGUCCGAAGAUACAAUUAAAGUCAGGGCAAAUAGAACAUGAGAGACCGUACAUGCAAAAUCAUCGUGCAAGGUGUUUCUGGUUGCCUUCUUACACGGCCUGGAAAUCACGGGCAAAACUCUUCCGCGUGACGGUUGAACGCAAAUGACACCUUGAUCCAAUAAAUCGUAACCACUCAAUAAUCGAUACCUGUUUGUACCUGUUCGAUGAUUUAACCAGAACGCGGAGAAAAAAAAAUAUUCGGUUAAUGAUCGAACGGUUUAAUUGAAUCGACCCAUCGAUGGUAUUGUGGCAUUGAAAAGCUGACUAUGAAUAUCGUCUCAUGUUGCGAGACUGAGUAUUUCAUUAAUUGCGAUGACACAAGGUUGGAUUUCAAUAAAAAAGCUUGAUCGAGUUAAUGAUAAGAUUAAUUAAAAUCUUUUUUUCUAUUCACAUUAUUUCAUUGGUUGAUUCACGCUAAUUUUUAUGUAAUUUUGAUUAAUUAAUUUAAUUAUUAAAGAUGAAACAGGGAACCGCUAAUUAAGGCCAUUAGAAGAAACAUUACACCGUGUUCCACUUUGAUUUUCCAGUUCGUCCAAUGACUAAACCUUUGUUAGACUUUCAUAAGGAUCCUUAUCGUUGAUCCGUACAAUUAAUUUGCCAAUUUUAUGAGGAUACGUCCGACGAUAAUUGCAUAGUUCAUCGUUGUCCUUCGGUUCUUUUCAUCUAUGUCCCUGUGUUUUCUCUGUUCGCUCCAUUUAACUGCGACAAUUCAACGAGGAAACGAUCCAGAAUCGAAAGUGGAAGGACAAUAGCUUCGAGUGAUCAUGAUCGAACUCUCGACUGUGAAAUAAUCAAAUUACGAUUGCACCGUUCGAUAAAUCGAGUUACCUUAUACGAUAGCUUUGUCACGUGUAUUACCAGCAGAAUCAAGAUCCCCUGUGCUUGACGAUGGUUUCUUGUGCUUUCGUGUUUCAAUUUUCUCUGCUGAUUACCUAUCAUAAGGUGUAAUCAAAGUAAUUCGAUCGAUCGGGGUCUUGUAACCCGUGAUUGAGCGUGUAUUCUAUUGGAAUUCUUUCCGCAUAACAAUUCGUACAUUGGCAAACCAGGCACGAAUCAUACAGAUUAGUAUGUAAUUGAUUCGAUAAAACAACUUGAACUGCUGUUUAGUUACAUGAAGUCUAUUUUAUAUGUAAUCAACGAAUAUAUCUUGUAUAAUUGAUGAGUAAUUUCUCGAACAAGUUUUCUUUGCAUUUCAUACAUAAUUAAGCUUGAUUAGGCAAUAGAAAUUUGGGAACUGUGUAAGAGUAACAGUUGUUGGAAAAUUAAUUAACCAAGGUGUAUAUAUUUUAAUUUGAUCUCCAUCGUAUAUCUCGGCUAUUUAGAAACGCGAACGCUUUUAGAACGAGUAUUAUCGUUUGUAGUAUCGAGUGGUUAUUUCAAGGCGAACAACUGCAAUCGCCCUUAGUAGCGAAAGGGUUAAGAGCAACGUAUAUAAACUUUGUUUUGGACGAAGUGCAUCGUAGAAAAGGUGAAUGGUAUGCAAGCCAUUAUUUCAAACAGGUUUUACGGAUAAUCGCUCGCGUGACUUGUCUAGCGAUCUAAAUUCCUAGAUAAAUGUUUUAAUAAAGUAUUUCCUUUGAGGUUUAUAAGAUUACUUCAGGUAUCCCGAGGAGGUAUAUAACAAACCACGCGUAUCUAACUUAUUUGAAGAAGUGUCGAGGAAUUUUUUUUUUUUUUUUAAUCAAUUUCUGGGAUGUUACCUUCUAUCUCACGCUUUCUCUGAAAGGCGUUCUUACGCAAUAGUCCUGGCAAAAUAAACAAAUCUUAGAUUAUUUAACCAUUUGAAGCUGUUUUUACCAACAUCAGUCUGUCGCAAAAAUCAUUUUCGUUUUUAUUAAGUUUGCACUUUAGUAAAUUGAAAUCAAGAGAUCCAGGUUAAUCGAUAGUUCAAGGAUUCGAGAAUUAACCUUCCUCGUGAUAUUGGAUAUCAGUGGACUCCUCGUACCAUGUCACGGAUGAAAGCGUAGUAAUUAUCGGGUUAAAGUCAACGAUUCAUUUUUUAACGAAGGUCAAGGUAUCAUCAAUUCGAUCGGUGUCACUUUCAAAGCCUUUCUCACAAACCUGCCUUUCUUCUAUGAGAAUAAAAAAAACGAAUAUAUUUAUAAUAAUAUGUAGUAAAAAUACCAGGUAGUUGAGCAAAGAUAAUAGCUAGAAUUUGUUCCUUUAAUUAAAGAUCCAAUGGUUAUUAGCAAAACUUCAACCGGUUAAUAGUCUAGCAUCAGUGUGAAGUUUUGCAAUGCUUUUAGACCACUAAUGCUUAGCUCUCAACAAGAUAAUAGCACUUGUUAAUCAGGCCAUUAUACUGUAGCACCUCGUUGUUUUCUUUCAAUCUACAUAGCAGCAAAGCGGUAUAAUUUGAAAACCUUGCUCCAUUUCAGGUUUACGAGCAAACUUAUGUGCCGUUAGGAUGAUUCUUUCGAUCGUAAUUCUUUAUUCUCUUAAUAUCCUUGAAUUUUUGAAUCCUUCUUUUCUUGAAACCACCGAGGCAGCGGGAAUCAUAGCUUUUAGUCUACGUUAUAAUACUAACGUCUCCAUAAUAACCAUUGAUCAUCCUUUUAUUCAUCUUGCGAGUAACAAUGCCCAGAUUGCUCGUUGAGUCGGUCAAAACAAUUUUUUCCACGGACCGUUCAGACGCUGCGAAAGAAGAAAGGACGAAAACAGGCAAAUUUCCCAUUCGAGAGGUCUCUAUUCUUUACUUUUAUCACGGAGAUCGCUCGCGUCAGCGUGAAUUCACGCUUUUUUUCGUCGACGACCAGGACGAAUCGCUGUAGGGGAACGUCUAGACCGAACAGACGUCUAGAAAAAUGUCACAGCCUGGGAAAGAGUCCUUUUUCUUGCCACGAUUUCGUCUCACAAUAGCUUUAACUUGGAGCUCUAAUAAUAUUAAACGUUGCAACUUGUCUGCAAUCUCGUCUGACGUGGUUAAUCAUGCUGACAGAUCCGGAUUCCAAUCGAGAUCGCGGUGCUAUAAUUGUUCAGAAGCGUCAUCAGGAUGUCGCGAGUGACGCUUUAAUAGAGACCCCAGGGAUAAUUCGAUUUUGUAAUUGUGAUCGCGUUCCUCGGAUCGUAUUACAUCGUUCUCCUUUUUUUUCUUUUUUUUUUCUUGAUGACACGUGGAAUCAAUUAGAUAAAUAAUUAGGUAGGGAACAGGAACUGAUUGGACAGGCGUGAAUAAAAUAGGAUCCAAUAGUCUCAGAAUAGAAAACCUGUCAAUUUUUUAUCCAUUUCCAGAAAUGAAAUGGUUACGAGAGGCCUACAACCAUUAACCAUUUUUUCCUACAAUAUCGAACAAUGUUAUACCGAUCGCUACUUUCGAUCGUACCACGGAUCCAUAACUUUCUUCCCUAUUACUUUCGAUACACCAUUGAGAUACUUUAUACCGGGAGUCAUUAUCAACUUUCACAUACCGAUUUUUCAAGCAUCACUUCCUAACGUUGUUCCAAUCUACACAUACACACCACCCUCUGAUAACGUUACAUUAACUUACAGACGUAUCUCUCUAAAUCAACCUUCUGGUAGUUUCAAAAAAGAAGAAGAAAAAAUCCUCGAAAGCAUGACCUUCGUUGUCCAAAAGCAGCAUCAGGAUCGAUGGAAAGCAGAUAGAGGCGAGGAUCAACCUUGCGUGCAGCGAUCGAAGACACAUCGUCACGAUUUCCCCGAAGCGAUCUCAAGAAGCAUUCAACGGAGUGGUGUUAGCCGGCAGGCAUGGGUCACCUUGACCAUCGUCGAGGGCUACGAUGCCAGAGGGGCUCGGACCCACCUGAAGCCGAGAGGGGCAGGGACAAAGAGUCACGUUGGCCUCCAGCGACGACAUAUAAGUCCCAGGAACAGCCCCCACCUAGCGUCAAACGUUCCCAGUACGGCAAGUACGUAGCUUGUGCAUACACCUACGAUCCACCUUAAUCGUCGCCGUUUGCUUUACACGACAUUCUGUUGUCUGCUCGACCUUCCUGGUCAACCAUCAGGAACGAACCCCGUCGAGGAACACCAUUUUGUGUCCGUGGAAUCGACAAGGAUUACGGUUAUCGUUUCGUUCGUUUUGUAAUUGAAGAAUUUUUGCUGAGUGCCUCGUCGAUAUCGUCAGUCGACAUCAUGAAGAUAACAAUUCUGGUAACAUUAGUUCUAAUGGUCCUGGCGGUGGCUUCGUCCCAGGACUACAGUCAGCUGUUCGCAGGAUUCGGACCAUAUCUGGGUCAAACUUCUGCGAUGAGAGAUCCGAGAUCGAACAGAGGUCCAGUGUUGUUCCCACCGGGUCCGGCGCCGAACAAUGCGGACACGAGCGGAGUGAUAGUGGGCGCAAGUGGAUACGGAUUCGUGCCACCUAACCCAGCUUUUUACAGGUACUUUUACUACAAAUAGGGGGUAACAAAGGGUAGAUGAGCAUCUAUUUGCGGCAGCUGCGUCACCUACGGACCUACAGCAUCGCAAAGUGUCCUCCGGAAGAUUUGUUAAGAAUCUUCGUCGAAAAGUCGCAAAAUCCAUCAGUGGAUCAAUUUAGGAAACAAGAAUUUUGCACUCGUUUUUGUGUAUGCUUCAAGUGCGAAUAACAGAACGUACACGAACAGAAAUAUCUAAUUAAUAUAUAUGUUAUUAAUAUUCAAGGCGUCUCGUAAAUGGUGGUAUCAACUAAAAGACAGCUUCUAUAAAAAUUUUAAAAAUUCACUUCCUUGAAGGGAAGUAUUCUAUGGAAGAAAAUUUGAUUACAGGUGUUCCAUUUAUUUUGUCCUUUUAUGUUUUUACAACUAGUUGCAUGAUACCUCGUACAGGAUUACGAGAUUGUAAUCAAUAUUACUAAACAGGAUUACAGCGAAACCUCAAUUCGCACAUUAAACGCCGCAGUGAAAAUGGACGUAUACAGUAAGAUAGAUUACCAUAAUGUUUAAUUUAUCUAUUAAGUCUCACAAAGUAUUGAAAGUUGUUCACCGAAUUAUCAAUUUUUUAUUAUUCAAUGCCAAUGACUCCAUGGCCACCGAAGUGUCUAUUACGUCUGCAAUUGUGCAAUCCCCGCGAUGAACUUGAAAAUACCUUUCAAUCUCACUCGAUUAUUCUCCUCGCAAUAAUAGAAAUCGAUGAACUUAACACAGAUACGGAUUCACGUUCACACUUUGCUUAGAUCUGAAACUUUCUGCUGUAAGUCACGUAGCACGGUCGAUUAUGAAAUACGAUCUGUGCAAAGACCAGUCGAUCGAGUGACAACCGAGAAAUCAAGCAUCGAUCAUACUUGUACCAUUAAUUGAUCGUGGAUCCUGUUAACAGAUUCAUUGUGUUGAUUUCAACGAUUUCCUGAGCCGAGUAUGAAAUCAUUUUGAUACGAUUAUUGAUGUAUUACGUCAUACCUUGAUCGAUCGAUCGAUUCGUUACACAGCCAGGUUAGUCAUGGCUGCACUUGAAAACGGGAUGCGAAAAGCGGGGGCGGUGAAAUAACAGAACGGUUAAUCAAGCACCGUUCACCGGUCACGGUUAAUCAACGUAGAUCUAAUAGUGUAAUAUCGGCAAUUGUACAUAUACCAUAUAUACUGGCGCAAUAAACUUUAUUUGUUGUUGAACCCAA